AUGCGGAAGACAGCCUUUCUCCUUGCCUCACUUAUCUCCUCAACCCUCUCCACCUGUUUCGACCCCUCCCCAGCCUUCCCCGUCCCCCAAUGGCACAACGGCGCCAAAGAUAAACACCUCGCAUCAGCCUUCAAUUCCCUCCGCACCAAGCUCGACACCUUCAUCUCCAACCCGAAAUACUCCGCCGCCUCCUUCUCCAUCGAACUGACCUCCCAAACCUCAUCCCUCUUCUCCCAUUUCCACACCGCCCCAGAGCGCAACGCCACCCGCCCUGGCACCCCCAAAGUGGAUGGAGACAGCCUCUACCGCAUCGCCUCCAUCACCAAAACCUUCACAACACUCGGCCUGCUCUACCAAGCCGAAGCCGGAACACUUAACCUCGACGACCCAGUCAGCGAUUAUAUCCCCGAACUCACCGGGCAAAUCCCAUUCCACGACAUCACCCUCCGCGCCCUCGCGAGCCAACUCUCCGGUAUCCCACGCGACUUCGCACAAAGCGACAUCCUGCUCGAAAUCCCGGACCCAACAUUCAUCGGCCUCCCGCCCGCAGACAAGAAAAACCUCAUCCGCUGCGACGAAUACGCCGACUACGACCCGCCAUGCAACGCCACGGACUUGGUAAAAUGGCUGAACCACCACGCACCCCUCUUCGCCCCGAACGCGGAGAGUACGUACUCGAAUCUCAAUUUCGAGCUGCUGGGUCUCGUGCUCGAGCGGGUGACGAACAUGACGUACGAGGAGUACAUGCAAACUUCCAUCUUCACCCCGCUAAAAAUGAGCCUCACGACCAUCUCGACCCCUAACGACACCCACGCCGUUCUUCCAGUGGGAGAUAACUACUGGGAUGUGGAUGAAGGAAUCCAAAACCCCACCGGCGCCAUCUACUCCUCCACCACCGACAUGAGCACCUACCUCCGCUACAUCCUAACCCACUACAACGCCCUCGCCACCGGAAUCAACUGGUUCCAACCCGCGAGUUUCGCCACAGGCUUGGGAAGCUUCUACGGGAUGCCCUGGGAGAUCUUCCGCACGGAUCGGAUUUUACCAGAAAGUCGAAGGCCGGUGACGUUCGUGACGAAGAGCGGUGGACUACCGGGUUACGUUUCGCGGGUGAGUUUGAUGCCGGAGUAUGGGCUUGGUGUCACUAUUCUCGUGGCGUGUAAUGAGCAUUGUGGAGAGGUGUUGGAUAGGUUGCAGGAGGUCGUGACGGUAGAAGUCGUACGGGCGGCUGAGGAGAGUGUUUGGGAGGGUUUGGGGGUGGGGUAUGAUGGGGUGUACGAGGCGGUUGAUCGGGAGCUGAACUCGAGUAUUGAGCUGGUUAGCUCUUCAGGUACCGGGAUUGUGAUGAAUAGCUUCGUCUCGAAUGGGACCGAUGUGUUGGCGGAGGUGGUGCCGAAGUUCUGGGCGGAUCCGAGGAAGUCGUGGCGGUUGCAGCUUGUGCCUACAUUGCUGUACAAGGAUGAGAAGGAGCAGGCAGGUGAGAUAUGGCGGAUCUUGGCAAUGUACGAGCGGAAAGAAGGGAAGGGGAGAGAUGUCUGGGAUGACUUCUGCAUUACGGACAUCGACACAGCAAAGUACGCUGGUCUGCCUGUCAAUGAGGUCGUCUUCUGGCACGAAGAAGGGGUCAUGGAAUUGCCCGCAUGGAAGGUGACGAUGAAGCAGUCAACAGAGCCCAAAAACGACGAGAGAUUCGUCGUUCAGCAAUGA